AGAAUUCAAGGACUACAUGUCUGACUUGCCUCCUCUAUAGGCAAGGCUGCAACAGAAGUAGCUAUGGGUCUGGUCGGAGGUCGAGUUGACCGCGAAGGACAUGACCUCAGCACCAGCACUUUCAACAGAGAUGUGUCUCUGGGGGAUUUAACAGACACUGUAUUGUUAGACAACACGUUUGGAUCUGUUACUGAUCUGUCCAGUCAGAGAGAUUCUUGUAUGAAGUUUACAGCUCGAAUGGAAACUCCAAUCAUAGCCCUUCCACGAACCCCUACAAGUUACCAGGUCCUUCUAGCUCACCUCGGUGAGAUAACCGUGUCCAACUCUAGUCUCACCGAGUCCAGCACAGCAUCAACGCUACAUGACUCUAUGGACCACAGUGAAGAGGUACAUAUAUCUUUGAGGAACAUGAAUCUGUAUUCUCUUGAUCUGGAGAAGUACAAUACUCAAGUAGGGCAGAGCAUAUCGGCAACGCUAAUGGGAAAGUCCUACUACAGUCUAUCGUACGAACUUGGUGUGCCCAUUUUGUAUGACACAGCAGUUGAUUUAGUGAUUGCCAAAGAAACAACUGAAGUGCCAAUAAUCAACCCUGAGGUUACAAACAAUGACUUCCCACCUAGGACUCCUAAAAAAUCUGUGCAGCCAGCUCAGAUAAGCAAUGUGUUAAAUGUAAGUGCCAAAAUCUCUCCGGCGGUGAAGUUGGUGUUGUCAAAGGAGGUGUACGAGCAGAUACUGCAGACUCUGGACAACCUGACGUACAGCGAGGACGACUAUGCUCCUGAUGCAUCUGAUGAUUCCACAUACUCUGGAAGACCUGCUGCUGGUGCUGCUGCUUGUGAAGGACAAUCUGAAUCUCAUGCAAACUUGGCUAUGCAAGAGUCAUCUUUACAGGAGGGAUUUCUUGCAAAACAUUUCCAUUUUGAAGUCCCUCUGUUUGAAGUUGAACUUAAGGGGAAUUUCGGGGAGGGGGAGCAAGGAUUAGUUGAUCUCAAGCUGACUGACUUUUCUAUGAAUUAUGCCAAAGAUAAUAAAGUUGUGACAGAAAUGCAGCUCCGACUGAGAUCCCUGUCAAUGGAUGAUUUGUUAGAAUCCGAGAAAUCAGCUCAUAGACAAAUCAUGGUUUCUCGCAGCUCCCAUAAAGAACCUGAUGUGGAGGAUGCCAAACCAAAAACAUUCCUGUCGACAUCUUGUCCUGAUAGUACUAUCAUUGCCCCAGUGCCCCUCAUGCCAGCAUCUCUGCCAUCCAGUUUCCACGAGAAGAUCCCAAAACCCACAUCACAGAAACAAGCCACAGCAUUCUAUGUUGACUUCAUCCAGAAACAGAGAACGAGGGGGAAGGACAGGGAGAUGUUCCCCCAGACCCCGCCUCCGUCCCCCACCCUCAAUGACAUCCUCAACCCCGAGGAACUGCCAAUAGAGGAUCUUGUCCACAUUGAUGUGGUGCUCGUUGACAAGAAGUCCCCAGACUAUACAACAAAAUAUGACAAGACAAACCGCUUCAUUGAUGUCAACUUCAGCUGCCUGGAGAUGACUUUCAACCUGCAGACAUGGGUGGUCCUCCUCGACUUCCUGGGGAUGGGGGCCAAGGUCCAUGACACCGAGUCCGACACUUCCUUCCUUGACCCCACAUCAGAAGGGGACAGCACCCUCAACACACCUGAGACAGAGGAGGUGGUUAAUCAGGAGAUCAACUUCGCCGUGGAGAGCUUCACCCUGAUCCUCAACAAACCGGAGUAUGAGCUGGCGCAAGUGUCCAUGACCAACCUCCACUCCCACAUCAGCAAGCGGGACUUCAACAUGUCUUGUCGGGGUCAGCUGGGUAGCCUGUCUCUCUCUGACCACUCACCCCAUGGGGAGCUCUACCAGCAGAGGUUCAUCACCCUGGGCAGACAGGCGCUGGAGUUUGAUUUCUUCAAGUAUGUAGCUUCUUUGAUACCUGUCCAACAGAUGUCGUCUGUGAAAUCCUUGAUAGCCAGUGCGAUGUCUGGGCUCCACCAGGAGCUCAGCAACCUGCCUGUCAUCAGGGUUGGAUUGGAUACAUCUGUGGGGUUGGAUCGCGCCCUAACCGACAGGAGCCUAGGCUUUCGAGGUCUGGGGGAUGAGAGCCUGGCCUCUGGUUCCUCCUCGGGCACUCUGAUCCGAGCCGGCUCGCGGGCAUUGACAGCUGUACGGGAGGUCGCAGAGGCAGUAGGCACCCUCAAGGAUUCGACGCCCUUGUUGGAGCAAUCCUCCAAUUCUCGAGCUGUCCCGCAGGGGACCAAGCGCAAACAGUCCACACACUGCUUACCGUUGGGAUCCACUGCCUUCUGCCCAGCGUCCCUGUCCCUGUCCUAG